GGUUUGUUCCACAAAGAUUGAGAGAGUGCCUUUCAAUUGGAGUGUGAGUAAGAGGCCAAUCAAUCCAGUGCGGGUUAUUUGUCUCUAUCCACGGUACAAGGGCCACUCUUUAGAGUUGUCCUGGCCAACCUUCUUGUUUGUUGUUCAAACAGAAGGAUUAUCGUGUGUGUGCCAUUGUGAUCAAAUCAGUCUUGGAAUGGUUUCUUGGUCGAGUUUGUCAUCUUCUUGAAGUAUUCAAGCCCAUACACGCAUCAACUCGGUAUCAGAGCUUAAGUUCUGAAGAAGGGACCAAGGUCAGAAAGGUAUAAGAACGUCAAGGAAUAAGUCAUUUCUGCAUAUCCUGGUAAGAGUGAUCAGAGAAAAGGUAUCGGGCGAUUUUUCUUCAUUUUCUUCAAAAACAGGUACGCAUUCAAUCAUUCAUUGUAUAUGAUUCAUGUUGUGAUUAAGCAUUUCCGAAUAUAAUUGUUGAUUAAACAAAUGUGAGUAUUGGAUUGGGGAAUUUCUGGAAAAUUGAUUGGUUUAUUGUUGAAUGCGUUUGAAAAUUAUUCUUAUCAUUUCUUGUCGAGUGUUUGCAUACCGUUUUUGUUUAUCAAUUAAUCCAUUAACAGUGAUUCUUGAAUGUCUGAAAUGCAUACUUGUUGAUGAUUUACCCACAUUGUAAAUUGAGUAUUCGAACAUUAGGUUAUCGCUGAAGAAAUUGACAAUUUCAAUUUUGGAUUCUGGUAUUUCGAUUUUGCUGGUUAAUGAGAAAAUAAUAGCUGUUCGGGAUUAGAUAGAUUUGCAUACAAAUCAUUGGAUAUCACGGUUGUUUUGGGAAAGAUUGAUUAGAACAAUCUGAACUGCGAAAAAAAAAAUCAGUUGAAGAAUUAGGGUUUGCAUUUGCUAACAAGAUUUUCUGGUCUGAAUCAAUUAGGUAUCAAUAGAUAGACCAUUAAAUUCGUGUGUAAGAUUCAUCAUCCUUAAAACUACAUACUUAGAGUAUCAUUGCAUAAAGGAAUUCAGAAAACAAAAGAUUGAAGAACAAACAAGCAUUCAUUCUUUUUCUGAAAUUGUUAGGGUUGGAUAUUGUGGGUCAUAUCAGUUUCAAUUGCUACUGCAUUUUUUCUGUAGUUUUUUUUUUAGCAUAUUAGAUUCUUGUCAAUACAUAGAUCAUAAUCUUGUUUGCAUUAUAGUAUAUUACAUGCUAGAACAAUCAGAACAUACAUAAAACUGAAAGUCUCCUUGCUGAAACAGAAGACAUUGGCUGCAAUCUUGUUGUGUUCUUGUUUUUGUGUGUGCCUCAAAUUUUUACCCUGAAAACUUGUUGUGGUGAUUUGUGUGGUAGCAAAUUUGUUCUACUUGCUAUAUGUUUUGGUUAAAUUUGAUCUUACCCAGAAGAUUUUGGUACAACAAAUCCAAAAUCCAAGCGUUCCCUGCCAAGUUGUGCAUUGCUGACAGAAGAAAUAGCCGCUGCAUCCUUCAAACUGAAAUUUUCCAUUACUUCCAAAACAUAUUACAUUUCUGGUACCUCACAGAUAAUCAGAAGAGGCUGCAACCAGAAGCAGAACUCGGAACAAAUAACAUAAAGAAAACGAAGCAACGCAACAUCACCAUAAACAAGAACAACAAACGUGAAAAGCUACAUAUGAACCCACUGCAUAGGUACGACAUCUCAAGGACUUCCACCGUUAAUAAUACAAGAAAGCAUGAAGACAACACAGAAUUGGGGACAAUUUUGCUUGAAGGAGGAGGGAAUGAUCCAAAAUUGGAUCAUGAUAGUGACAAUCCACAAGUCAAGGCAAACCAAGGAGAGUGCAUGACUAAAGGAGAGUGCAUGGCUGAUCCAACACAUACUGACUUGAUCAAUUCCCAUACUAUUGCACCUACUAACUUGGAUGCAUCAAAUAAAGAAGACCAACUUCAAUCAAACAUGAACAUCAAAAGAAGGCAAGAGGAAUCAAAAGAGAACCUCACAACAGCCUCUAAACAAGAAGAGGACCCAUAUUCUGCCCAGCAAUCAACAGAGCAACGAAUCAGCGAGCAGCCUACCUUGCACAGCGUGGGGAACCCAACCUACUGUAUUGGUGAACGUGCAAACUUGGGAAAUGGCACCUCUGCACAUGGACCAAGAAGUCUAGGUCCAAGGACCUUGCUGACUGUACUCAGGGAAGCCACAAACCCAGUUACAAGGACCCCUGCUCGACAGAUUUGUAACAUAGCUGAUACUUAGAAUAAAUUAGCGUUUUGUAUUUCUGUUAUGAGUUGUUAUGUUUUGUACGCGCCAAAUAAGAAAGGACGGAGGUAGUUAAAUAUUGUUAGACUCCAAUUAUGUCCGUUAGAGUCCUAUAUAAAGGGCUCACCUCAUUUGUAUCCAUUCAUUCGAGAUUAAUCAAACAUUUCUUCUUCAAGUUAA